AUGACCAUGGCCGACUUUGGCCCUGGCCAGCCGAAGAGGGAACAGCCCAAGGAUGAAACGGCGGAAGUCGAACAGCCUAAGCAAGUCGCGGAGCGUAUGUCCGACGAAGACCAGGCAGAAAACCACGACACGGCCCAAGAGUACACCAUGCUGCAAGAAGCUCAGCAAGCUGCUCGUUUCGCGGAGAAGAUUAAGAAAGAGGGGAAUGAUAGUCAUCCACCGCAGAGAACUUUCGGUGAGGGCGGACGGACGAGGAAGGUUUAG